UGUAAAAAAACAGCGGCUCAAUAGUAAGUUAUCAGCUGAAAAAUAAUUUGCGGGUAAAUAAUAUUCAGAAAUUUAAAUUAUUACCUUAUGGGCAGUAAUGACGACGAAUUGCAAAAAUAUAGAAAAUAAAGUAAUUACUACAAAGCGAAGACGAAGCUCAACAAGUGAAAGUUAUGAUCGACAUAGCCAGGAAUUAUUUUGGCCUGAUUCCGAUGAUAAUGAUAGUUUUUUCUCAAAUUCCAAGAUAGAGAAUCUAAUUGAUAAUAAAGUUGGGACUUUUAAUGAACGUAAAAGUAACAUAAAUGAUUUUGAACAUAAUUGCAUAGAUGAUAGCCUUUUUGGCGAUAUAAAUAUACCUGAAUCAGAAAAUGGUAAUUUAGGUGGUACGCCUUUAGUGCAAGAUUUUCCUGACAGAAUCAACAACAGCGACGUAAUAUUUUCAGAUAUCGACAUAAAUGAUUAUAUACAAGAUUCUGAAAAGGAUUUAUUUAGUGAUUCGCUGCCUGACGACUUUGCAAUACAAAAUACACAGAAGUUCUUGGAAGAUGUUGCUUUUAAAGUACCAAAUAUACCAAAUCAAAAGAAUAAAAAUAUGCCCAACGAUGAUUCCAUGAUAUCGGUUUCAAUGCUAGAAGAUAUUCAAGGUUCUCAAUAUGAGACAAGUGAAGAAAUACGCAAUCGUACGAUUCAAUCAAAUCAAUGUGCAAAUAGUUCCCACAAAGAAAUUGCGGAUUUGUCGCAUUUAAACUGGGAAACACAAAUAUUUGUUGAAGAAAAAAAUGAUAUACCAUCAAAAGGCAAUUUUUAUGGUUUACCAGAUAGUGUAAAGAAAAUGAUACUCGAGCAUAAAUCCAUCACGGGUUUAUAUGAAUGGCAGGAUGAAUGUUUAAAUCUACCCGCAAUAAGGCAAAGAAAAAAUUUAAUAUAUGCUUUACCGACCAGUGGCGGAAAAACAUUAGUUGCGGAAAUUUUAAUGUUGAGAGAAAUAAUAUGCCGGGAAAAGAAUGUUCUCUUUAUACUUCCAUAUGUAUCAAUUGUUCAAGAGAAAGUAAGCGCAAUGUCACCAUUUGCUAUAGCACUGAACUUCAUUGUUGAUGAGUACACGUCUGGCAAAGGAAAGUGUCCACCAUCGAAGCGCAUUAAAAGGAAAAGUAUAUAUAUAGCAUCUAUUGAAAAAGGUGCAAUUUUACUUGAUAGUUUAAUUGAUGCUGGACGUGCAAAUGAAAUUGGCUUAGUUGUUGUAGACGAAUUACAUUUAAUUGGAGAAAAGGGUCGGGGAUCGGUACUCGAAACAAUGCUAACAAAAGUUAUGUUUAUAAAUGCUAAAAUACAGGUUGUUGGAAUGAGUGCGACUAUAGGAAAUCUAACUGAAAUUUCUACAUUUUUAAAUGCUGACGUAUAUUCAAGAGGAUUUCGUCCUGUAGAGCUAAAAGAAUACAUAAAAUGUGGUCGAGAUAUAUUACAAAUUAAUGCUGCUGGGAAAACGUUGGAAGAAGUUUUUACCUUUAAAAGAAGUGUUAAUUUCAAGUAUACUGAGUCAGUUGCUCGUUGUGAUCCAGAUCAUUUAGCUGGGCUAGUUACGGAAUGUGCUCCUAAGCAUUGUUGUUUAAUAUUUUGUCCUACACGAAAAAACUGUGAAAACGUAGCUUUACUCUUAACACAAAUUUUACCGAAAUCCAGAUUUUUGGAGCACCAAAAAAGUGAAAAGAAUGAUCUGAUGGAUGCGCUUGAAAAAAUAUGUGGCAUAUUAAGUCCAGUUUUAGCAAAAACAAUACCGUUUGGUGUUGCAUAUCAUCAUUCAGGUCUGACUACAGAUGAACGCAAAUUCAUUGAAACUGCAUAUAGACUCAAUGUAAUCAGUGUUAUUUGCUGCACGUCCACUUUGGCAGCAGGUGUUAAUCUACCAGCUAAACGUGUAAUAAUUCGCGCCCCCUAUAUUGGUGCUGAAUUUAUGACUCUAUGUAAAUAUAAGCAAAUGGUUGGACGAGCGGGUCGUGCGGGUAUGGGUGAAGCUGGUGAGAGUAUACUCAUAAGUGCGUGCCAAGAUAAUGUUCGUGUUGGAGAAAUGUUAUUUUCGCCAAUGGAUAAAGCUGUUAGUUCCUUAGACAAUAUAGAUGGUUUAGGUAUUCAGAGUCUUAUAGUAAGUUCAAUAGGUUUGAACUUAGCACAUUGUCGUCGUGAUUUAUAUCAACUUUUAAAUAGUACGUUACUUGCUGUACAAGCUGAACAACUUGGUCUAAAAACAGAGGCUCUUGUAAUGAAUUCGAUACGAGAGAUGUUCAAAAACAGAGUACUAGAAAUUUGCUCUAGGGAAAAGAGUGAGCAAGCAUCAAUAAUUAUUAGUCAAGAUAUAAGAAAUGAUAUGAAAAGUAUAACAACACAAGAACGUCGUCUAUUUAUUGGCAAAUCAACAAAAUUUCAGUUGACAACUAUUGGUAAAGCUUCAUUUAAAGCUGGUAUUGAUUACAAACGAACAUAUAACAUUUAUUAUGAAUUAAAAAAUGCACAGAAACAUUUAAUUUUAACAAACUAUGCACACCUUCUUUACUUAGUUGUUUGCUUUAAUUCAAAUGCAACUGGCGAUGAAUUAUUUGCAGCUAAUGCAGCUAUACUAUUUCGAGAGUACACAUCUCUAGAUGACACAACACAAAAACUAUUCCAACUUGUAGGUUUAACAGAAGCAAUCGCAGCUAAAAUAAGAAAAACUCUUUCAAUACAAGGAAAAAUGGAGUUAAAAUUAAAUAGAUUGUUUAAGGUACUAAUACUGAUUGAUAUAUUGAAUUUAUUGCCAAUACCUGCAAUUGCUACGAAAUUUGAUAUUGAACGCGGCUCGCUACAAAAUUUAGUCAGCCAAUCUACAGCAGCUGCCAAUGCAAUAGUACGUUUAUGUGAACAGGUGGAAGAAUUUUGGUGCUACAAACCUUUAUUUGAGAGAAUUGGUGCAAAAAUGGAUCGUUGUGGUACAAUUGAAUUGGAACCACUAAUGGAACUGCCUGCUGUUAAGAUUAAUCGUGCAAAGCAAUUUUAUGCUGCUGGUUUUAAAACUAUCGAGGAUAUUGCGAAAUGUCGUCCAAUACAGUUGGUGAAAUCUAUUGAACAUAUGCCUUUGAAGGUUGCUAAAGAGAUUAUAUCAGCUGCCAAGAUAAUUUUAAUGAAAAAAUUGGACGUACUAGAAGAUGAGACUGAGGCAAUCAAAUUAUGUUUACAUCAAACUGAGGAACCAGAAUAAAAUAGAUUAAGAAAUGUAAUUAAUUUGUUUGUUUGAAAUUAUUUUAUUUUUUUGUUUUUUGUUAUUUUAAACUUAAGUUUUAAGUUUUCAUUAACACGUGCAUAUAUUGUGAAUACACACGUUUAAUUUAUAAGUACAUCA